AUGAAGCGGUUCGUGGAGGGGUAUCGCGCUGAGAACAUAUUGAGCGGAGAGCUUACGAUUCCUGCUUUGACAUGCUACACAGACGGCAUGAGACUCCGUGCGCCGCUGAAUGGAGCUGCUCUCCUGAUGACUGACGAUGCCCAUGCGGUGAGGGCAACGCUUGCCAUGAUAACCGGUGCAGCUGCUGCGCUGGGUACCCAGCUGAACGUCACGGAUGCAAACAGUAUUACGCUUGAGCUGAUAAAUGCUUCAACAACUGAUGCAAAGACGGCCCUGAGGGAUGAGAUGGAGAGAAAGCGCAUCCAUGCCGUAGGUGGUGUGGUGACACAGGUGAUGCUUAAUGACGAAUCUCUGGUAUUCAUCGACCCACAGAAUAUUCACCCAUGGACCAGCAAGUUUCGCCGGCACGUUCUCCGUUUGUCACCGACGCUGGAGCAGGAGUUCUUUGUGCUUGCGCAGUACCUUGGCAGCACGACCAACGCCAACGCCCACGCCGUGAUCCGGAACGACGAGGCGGUUGCGAUGGUGGAUGUGUUGCAGCGGUCACUUGUGACGUUUGGCGGGUCGCUGCUGUCGUCCGCGCUGCUGGCUGGCGGUGACGCUCUGGGGGGCUACCUGCCGCGUAAGGGAGAUGUGUUCGUCGUGGGCAUUGCUGCCGCCGAUGUUGCUGUGAUCGCGGAGCACCUGGCGAGGCACCGUGGUGCGCGUGUGUUUCUGCUGUUCACGGAGUUUUCAUUCCUGUACGAUGAAUUCGUUGCUGCGUUCAAUGGGAGUGCGGCUGCUGGGCGUCUUGUGUUCGCGACGAGCCUGCCGCACUGGGCAGACGAGAGCACGACGUCUGAGACGGUGCAGCUGUUCCACGCUGCUGUGAAAGACAAGGCGAAGUGGGCACCGUUCGCGUUGAGGAGCUUCGCUACUACACUGGCGGUGAAAAGUAUUCUCUCUCGAAUGGAGCUAGUGAAUGCCCAAUUAUUGGUUGAUUUCUUCUACAAGAACAUUGCCAUCACUGUGGCCGAUAUGUUUUACGGACCCUUCAAGGACGGCGAGAAGUGCGGUCUCCAGAAUACCGUGAACGCCACUGAGUGCGCUGUGAACUACGGAGCGACGUAUAUUUCUGUGUGGUCGAUGGCCCGCGUGCUGGACCCCGCAGUGCCUGAGCUGUUCCCCGCUGUGACGCCGUCGAUGGAGUACGGGGAGCCCGAUAAGAAUGGUCUCUCAGAUGCUCAACUCAUUGGUAUAAUUGUUGGCCCUAUUUCCGGAGGUGUACUACUGGCUGCUCUGUUUGCGUUUUUCUGCUGCUGUGCGGGCCGUGACAACAACAACGCCCCGAAGGAGCCCACAGACCCCGUGACGCUUGUGUUCACUGACAUCGAGAGCAGCACUGCGCUGUGGGCUGCGUGCCCCGAGAUCAUGCCUGACGCUGUGGCGACGCACCACCGGCUGAUCCGGUCGCUGAUUGCGACGUACCGCUGCUACGAGGUGAAGACGAUCGGCGACUCCUUCAUGAUUGCGUGCAAGAGUGCGUGGGCCGCCGUGCAGCUUGCGCGGGACAUACAGCAGACGUUGCUGCAGCACGACUGGGGCAGUGGUGCGAUCGACGCUGCGUACCACGAGUUCGAGGAGGGCCGUGCUGCUGAGGACGAGGAGUACGUGCCGCCGACUGCGCGCCUCGACGCUGCUGUGUACCGGGCGUACUGGAACGGCCUGCGUGUGCGUGUGGGUGUGCACACCGGGCUGUGUGACAUCCGGCACGACGAGGUGACGAAGGGCUACGACUACUACGGCCGCACGUCGAACACGGCCUCUCGCACUGAGAGCGUUGGUAACGGCGGGCAGGUGCUGCUGACGGGUGCGGCGUACCUGGCGCUGAGCACGGCUGAGCGUGAGCAGCUGGACGUGACUGCGCUUGGCGGUGUGGCGCUGCGCGGUGUGCCUGUGCCUGUGGAGAUGUACCAGCUGAACGCUGUGCCCGGGCGCACCUUCGCCGCACUGCGUUCUGAGGCAAGUGAUGCUAGUGAUGAAGAACAUUUCGAGAGUACCAGUGAUCUUUCCGGUGAUUCUCGAAACAGCUGUUACGAUACCCUGUUUUCGUUUGCUCGACGUCUUUUCAGUCCAUUUAUUCCACGUCAGCGGGCUGAUGUGCUUGUUGCGUUGUGUGGUCGUUGGCGGCUCUCUCUCCCCGCGAGGGGUGAUGAGUCGUUGGAUGAGUAUUGCCUGUGUCUUUUGGCGAUUCUUGUGCGGCGUGCUAUAUUUGUUGUGGGCCACAAUGAGGAUGUCUCUCGUGGUACCGCAUCACUUUUGGGAUCCCUGACAGCGACAGUUUCGUCCGUGCAUAUUCCACUCAGUACUUCGCAAGAUCCAUCGAUCCAUCGGGCUGGGGCGGAGGUGCGACUGGCAGCGCUUCCGCAUCGACCGUCGUCAGGUGAAGUUACUCACAUUGUGCGCCCUCCUUUUUCGUUCGGCUUACAACUGUCCGAUCCGUCUGCGGCGCAAGCUGGAUGA